AUUCUAUUGUUGGCGCUCGUUUGAGACCGCGUCAUUUCGAAGAGAUAAACAAAAUAUUUGUUACUAAUAUCUGAAAAUUAUAUGGUCAAAAUGUCUGCAAUUUACGAUUAUGCACGGGCUGUAGCAAUUGUUAUUGCAUUUAUAGCAGGGAAGCAAAGCAAGAAGGCAGCGGUUUUGUUCGAUUUAGUCCUCACGGCUUGGUUCGGACUGGCGUGUUUUAGUUUCCCCAAAACCGUCGUCUCCAAAGUUUUUGGAACCUCUGAUCUGGCGAUGGACUGUGCUGUACAGCACGUGGGAGCCUGCUUCCUCAGCGUGGCCUUAUUUCAGUACAUGUGCCAUAAAUCUAGAGACGAUACAGUUUUUGGAAGCAUUGCUGUAUCAAAAGCUUUGGGGUUCCUGCCUCUACUUUUAGCCUCACUGUAUACCUUCAUAACAAAUGAAAAGAGUGUCAACCAUUCGGGAUUUUGUUUCCUCCUGACUGUCUUCGUAGCCAUCUGGUUGAUGAACGUUGCGCUGUUACUGGAGACUCGUCCCAGCAUUGGGAGACGAGAACACAAGGGGCCGGUUAGCACGGUGGUGCGCCUCAUCUUCCUCAUGAACCUCAUACAAGGCCUCGCCUGCCUGGCUUUCCCCUCAACCAUUGUUGACUUCCUGAAGGUUGCGACCUCCGUCCGGAUUUCGAUGAACUACCUGUUCCAGGCGUACGGAGCUCUCGUCCUCAGCAGUAUUUUCAUCUCUUGGUACGCCCCAUGUUUUCUCAGGAGAGAGGAUCGACGCAGCUUUUUCGUCAGUAAUCUGCUGUUCGCAGUGUUGAUCCUCUGGACCACCAUGCUUUACUGCUACCAGACAAAGGAGAGUGUCCAGACUGUGGUCCAGCAUCUCGGCUGCCUCUCGAUGAUGACCCUCCUCCCCAGUCUCGGCUGGUACUUGAUGUACAGAGAGGAUCAUGGGUCGACCAACACGUACUACACACGCUCAAAGAGAAGCUAGAGACCAAAGCCAGUCGAAUCCAUUUACGCAAUCUCUAUUGUAUAACUCUAUGUAUAUCAAAGUUUAUAACCUUUGGGUAAAUUUUACCCUUGAAAUAAUUAUUAUUAGUGUUCAGUGUCCUUAUAAUAUUCAAUGCUAUGCAUAAUCAUGUAUUUUUCAUUGUUGAUGAAUAAGUAAUACUUCAGAGUGUAUUGAUGUUCACAUGUUAAUGCUGCCAGAACUUUUUUAACUUGUGUUUUAUACUUUUUUAGCCAUUUUAACAUAGCAUUCAAUCUUUAUGUAUUUCACAUGAAACUCUAAAGAAAUUCCUAAUUGUAUGAAUUUUAUAUAAUUUUUGUAAUUUUGCAAUGACUUUAAGAUAGUGCUAAGGAAACAUGUACAGGGAACAAACCAUUCACUUUGUGAGAAGUUUUCAGUGCCUUAGGAUUUGUAAUUGUUUUCAUUGAGUCGAU